AUGUUAGUUUUUAAGUUGGAUAAAGUUGGUAGGAUCGUUAGUGAAGUAUUCUUGAAAUUAUAUAACGCAAAGAAUUUCGCUAUUAAAAUUCCUGCUACUCUUAGAAAUUUACCAUCAACAAAGCAACCACCAACAACUGAGAUGCAAUGUCUGAGCUCGAUCUUAGGUCAGGAACUUGAAAGGACAAGUCUACGGGAUACGGGCAAAGGAUAG